UUUCCACCAAAAAGAACGAACCCCGCGUUCUCUUUUCCUUCUUCACCCAUUUUUUCUUAUUCUUACCGCACAGAUUCCCCCGUCGGAAUGGUGCCCCGCCGGCGAUCCUGAAAGCUCGGACGGCUACUGCUCUCCGGUCGGCUCCCCGAGGACGAUGAGGUCGAGCCAUGGGCUCAACUUGAACUUGCGCAUCCGAACUGACUCCCUGAUUCUCCAUGAAACCCAACUCCAGGCCCGAUUCGGAGCAGAACAAGUCCCGUCCCCAGGCGAAGGUGAUCGAGUGGGAAGAUUUCGAGCAGGAGCUCGCUAGGCUCUGCAGCCUCUCCUCCGCCCUCAGAGAAGCUAAGGAAAGGAAGCAGAUUCUUCACCAGAAACUCGAGUCCCUCAUUCAGGUCAAGAACGAGUCUUUCAGUAGAUUAAAUGUGCUAGAGGAGAUGCGGGAGAAACUGGAACGUAGAAAGCUGGUGAUGCAGAACACGUCAUUGCGCGCGAAAGCUGCUGCAGAGGAUUCUAAAAAGAAGGAAGAGGAGCUCGGUGCUGAGGUUAGAUCGUUGUUGGUUGGAGGAACAGGUCUUUCAGCUGCUCGGAAGCGGUUGCAGGAAUCAAGUAGAGUGCUUGAAGGACAAAGAGGUUAUCUAAAGCGAAAGAGCUUACAGAAGAUGCUGAGGAUGAGGCAACAACAUAUGGUCUCACAAGUUUCUUUGCUCUAUCCUGUAAAGAUAUCUGUUGGAAAAGCACAAGACCAAGAGCUUGAAUCAUUUCCAAGCAGUACCAGAUCAGGGAAUUCUGCUGGUUCUAAGCCUGUUAAUCACGAAUCCCUAACAAUUCUGGGCCUGCAAUUGACAAUGCUUCCAUUUACGAAGAUGAGUUUCUUUACUGACAAAAAAGAGGUUCAGAGAUCUUCAACAGCUCUGGGCUAUGUUAGCCAUGCGGUUUCACUUAUAGCGUCCUACUUGCAAGUUCCUUUACGUUACCCUCUUCGUUUUGGUGGUUCUCAUUCCUACAUACUGGACAAUGCACCUUCCGAGACCACGUCCUCCGAUGGAUCAUUGGAUGCAGAACUUUCAACAGGUUUGAAGCAUGCAGAAUUUCCACUCUAUUUAGAAGGUCAAGACACUACAAGAGCAGCGUAUGCUAUAUUCCUGCUUAACAAGGAUUUAGAACAACUUUUAAAUUACAUUGGUGUGAAGAGCUUAGGGCCCCGCUAUGUACUGGCUAACUUGAAGGAGCUUAUGAGGACGAUACUCUCUGCAGAUUACAUAGACACUUGAUCUCAAGUCUUUAGCGAUUCUUCUUCUGUAAAUGGGACUAUAGUUCGUCUUACUUACACGGGUGCAAAUUUUUGGUUGUGCACCUGAUUGUAAAGUCCUCUUCUUUGUGUAGACGAUGCUCGGUGGAAAUUCUUUCUGGAUUUUGAUCUUUUCGUUUAGAAGUUGCACAACUACAAACAGGCUUUACAGAUAAAAUGACUGUCAUGUAGGGAUAGGUGUAUAAUUUCUUUUCGAGUGCAGAUUCUUUCCCCUCGGAAGAUGAUAAGAAACGUGUAUCUCUUGCAUCAGUUAUGUAUUCUCCUCCUUUUUCUUGAAUCUAUGUUUUCCAUUGCUCUGCA